GCCACAUCAGAGUUGGAAAGGAACUGUUUAAGAAAUGAUUUGGUGUCUUAGAACACUGCAAAUGUACUUUGUUCUAAUCAGAGUGAGUUAAAAAAAUGAUUUAAGGUUCUGAGAGUUUUUCUGUAUUUAGCACUGAAAUGAGUAACAACACCUCUGUUGUUGGUGGUCAAAUUUCAAAGCGAAAAAUUAAUGACCAGGUGAUAAUUGUACAGAUUCUGGUGGGUAUUUUUCUUUGCAUUAACUCCAUGCUGAUUGCAACAUUUUUUACUAAGGAAAUCUUCUACACAAACAUGCGCUACAUUUUAUUUGUCACCACACUAUUUUCUGAUUGUGUAUAUUUAAUCAUGUCAAAUGUGUUGCUGCUCUUGAGCUAUUUUGCUGUCCCUUUACAAACAUGGUCGUGCCUUUUCUUUUUCCUCCUGUCAUCUAUGUAUAAUUAUGUCACUCCUCUGACUCUGACAGCGAUGAGCCUGGAGCGCUAUGUGGCUAUCUGCAUGCCACUGCGUCAUGCAGAGCUGUGCAGCACAGCCAGAGCCCUGCAGAGUGUCCUCAUCAUUCACAGCCUCAGUUUUAUUCCCUACAUUGUGAUUUUUUUUAUGUUGCUUUCUUCAGUCACCUUUAGCUUCUUCACACAACACAUCAUCUGCUCUGUGGAAUCUUUAACUUUGCACAGGUGGCAGGGUCAUGUCAGGUCUGCGGUCAGUCAGUUUUACUUCCUGAUCAUGUGUAUCCUCAUCGCUUUCUCCUAUGUUCAAAUAAUAAAAGUGGCCAAAGCUGCAUCUGGAAACAACAAAGAGUCGACACGAAAAGGACUCAGAACUGUGAUCCUCCAUGCUUUCCAGCUGUUUCUCUGUCUCAUCCAGCUGUGGACCCCCUUCAUUGAAGCUGCUAUUCUUGAGAUUAAUUUCAAUGUAUUUAGAAAUGUCAGAUACAUUAACUAUAUUCUGUUUAUUCUUUCUCCUCGAUGUCUGAGUCCUCUUAUCUACGGCCUGAGAGACGAAGUGUUUCUACUUGCGCUGAAACACUGGCUGUUCUGCUGCCCAUUCAAGGCCAACAUGUUAAAACUGUGAUUCUGGAACAGCAAAUCUUUGCCUAGAAAUAUCUUUUAAAGCUGUAUAAUAUGCAAUGAGGUUCAAACAUUUCAACUGACUUGUUUAAAUAUGAAACCUUUGAAUUCAAUAAUUAAAAACACCAUAUUUUGUCUUUAGAAUC